AUGAAGGCUACUACUUUGUUUGUUUUUGCACUAGUGAUAGUGGCAGUGUCAUGUCGUCCUGACAAGCCAGACUUGCAGCAGAUAAAGGCAGAGCAAGCACGUAAGAAGGCUUGCAUGCACGACUGUGCCUCCGUGGCGAUAGACCCCGUAUGCGCAGGCAAGCAAGGCGAGAAACCCAAGUCCUUUGGCAAUGAAUGCGUUAUGAACAACUACAAUUGUGAACAUAAAGAUACCCUUCGCAAGAUCAGCAAAGGCGAAUGUGCUGGAUCAGACGGCAUCCGUCUGUCUUAA